GCUGCAAACGGUGUGUGCGUGUAGUGUGAACAAGACCCACUGGUGUAUGUGGUGUGCCCGUGUGAGUAAAUGUGCGUGCAUGCGUGUGUGUGCGGAGAGAGAGAGACAUAGACUGAGCCCCCAACACGGAGCAUGCCUCUGCGUCCGGCAGCCGGCAAACAUGAGCCACCCAGCUCUCCACGGCAGGACCAGCAGCAGCACACGCACUCACGCACGCACACGCACCCUUACACACACGCACCGAACGGCAGCCAGGGGGCCAGCACUGACAGCAGCAGCUCCCGGGAAGAGGAGAGCAGCGUUCCCGUUCCUCACGCUGUUCCGGCUUUCGGUCCCGGUGGAGAGCACAGCAACAGUGCAGGAGCACCCAUGGAGGAGCCAACAGGCAACACUGUGGUCAUCCGCAUUGGAAUCCCAGACCUACAACAGACGAAAUGUUUGAAAUUCAACGUGGAUGCACCAAUAUGGCUGUCCAAGCAACGUAUCCUGUGUACCCUCAACCAGAGCCUGAAGGAUGUACUCAACUAUGGCCUAUUCCAGCCGGCUUACAAUGGCAAGGCUGGCAAGUUUCUGGAUGAGGAGAGACAGCUUAGGGAAUACCCUUUCCCAUCCAUUGCUCCUGUACCGUACCUAGAGUUCCGCUAUAAAAGACGUGUCUACACACAGACCUACAUAGAUGAAAAGCAGUUGUCUAAGCUUCACACUAAGGCAAACUUGAAGAAGUUUAUGGAGUAUGUGCAGCAGAGAAACAUUGAAAAGGUCUCACGAUUUUUGGAAAAAGGCCUGGAUCCUAACUUCCAUGAUCCAGACACAGGAGAAUGCCCACUAACGCUGGCAGCACAGUUGGAGGGAUGUGCCGAGCUCAUCAAAGUGCUUAAAAAUGGAGGGGCACAUCUGGACUUCCGGACAAAGGAUGGCAUUACUGCUUUGCACAAGGCUGUGCGCAGCAAGAACCACACAGCACUUAUAACACUGUUGGACUUGGGUGCUUCUCCUGACUAUAAAGACAGCAGGGGUCUUACUCCUCUCUACCACAGUGCAAUGGUUGGAGGAGACCCCUACUGCUGUGAACUGCUGCUGCAUGACCACGCACAGGUCGGCUGUGAGGAUGAGAAUGGCUGGCAGGAGGUACACCAGGCGUGCCGCUACGGCCACGUGCAGCACUUGGAACAUCUGCUGUUCUACGGAGCUGACAUGAGUGCCCAGAAUGCAUCUGGAAACACUGCCCUACAUGUGUGUGCUCUCUACAAUCAGGAUAGCUGUGCACGUGUCUUGCUUUUCCGAGGAGCCAAUAAAGAGAUAAAGAACUACAAUAGCCAGACUGCUUUUCAGGUGGCUAUUAUAGCAGGAAACUUUGAUCUCGCAGAAAUCAUUAAGGUCCACAAAGCAUCAGAUGUUGUGCCUUUCAGGGAGACCCCCUCCUACACCAACCGUAGACGUGUUGUGGCUGGCACUCUCCCCUCACCACGUUCCUUGCUGCGGUCUGCAAGUGACAACAACCUUAAUGGUGACCAUGAUCACAUCCACCCUCCGCGCCCUCGAGAAUCCCGCGGUCGCCCUGGUCACUCCCCUGUUCCCUCACUGCGCAGUCUCCCAGCUUUUGGGCAACAGCACAGCAGCCUUGGAGAAGGUCGUCAUGGAGAGAUCCCUGACAGCAGUCUCCAGAGUACCGGCAGCUCCAGAUCCUCCCAUUCCCGCUCACCAUCAUUACAUCACAUGCAUGAAGAGGACAGGCCGGUCCCCAGACGUUCCCACAGCCAUGGCUACCCUCAUGGACAUGGUCCUCGUGGGAGACUCAGCCCUGGCUCAGUGCAGCGAGACCCAAGCCCACCUCAUCACACACCUCCUGCACUGACAGGCCCUCGUGGGCCCAAACGGAAACUCUACAGUGCUGUCCCAGGACGUACCUUCAUUGUGGUCAAGCCCUACACCCCACAAGGGGAAGGAGAGAUCCAGCUCAACCGUGGAGAACGGGUCAAAGACUUUGACUGUAAUGACGUAGAAGUACUAAGUAUAGGUGAAGGAGGUUUCUGGGAAGGCACUGUCAAAGGAAGAACAGGCUGGUUCCCAGCAGACUGUGUGGAAGAAGUUCAAAUGAGACAGUAUGACCCAAGGCUUGAGACCCGGGAGGACCGCAAUAAGAGACUGUUCAGACACUACACUGUGGGGUCUUAUGACAACUUCACCUCAUACAGUGACUACAUCGUGGAAGAGAAGAAUGCUGUUUUACAGAAGAAAGAAAAUGAGGGGUUUGGUUUUGUCCUACGUGGAGCCAAAGCCGAGACUCCCAUUGAAGAGUUCACUCCCACCCCAGCAUUCCCUGCCCUGCAGUACUUGGAGUCAGUGGACGUGGAGGGGGUGGCCUGGAGGGCUGGUCUCAGGACGGGGGACUUUCUCAUUGAGGUGAACGGGGUGAAUGUAGUGAAGGUGGGCCACAAGCAGGUGGUGUCUUUAAUCCGGCAAGGGGGGAGCAGACUCCUAAUGAAAGUUGUUUCUGUAACACGCAAGCCAGAGUCGGAAGAAAUUGUUCGAAAGAAAGCUCCCCCUCCACCCAAGAGAGCUCCCAGCACCACCCUGACGCUUCGCUCCAAGUCCAUGACAGCUGAGCUGGAGGAACUGGCUUCUGCUCGGAGAAGACGAGGAGAAAGACUAGAUGAGAUGUUGGCAUCGCAGGAAUCUAUGUUGCAUUCUCAGCCCCCGGAGGCAGAUUACAGAGCAGCCACUGUCAAACAGCGGCCUACCAGCAGGAGAAUAACACCAGCAGAGAUCAGUUCACUGUUUGAGAGACAAGGGAUGACGCUACAUGGAGGUCUGCACCCAGGUAUCGAGAGGGGUCACAUACCAUUCCCUAAAGGCAUGUCCAGGACCAAGUCUUUUGGUGCCACCGAAGAGGAUAGACUGUCUGCACUUGCAGGCGAGCACAGAUUUCCACGUAGUUCUUCUAUGACAGACAGCCUCCGAGACCACUCACAACCCCAUCCUAUCCCUCCACCUCCUCAGACGGCACCUCCUCCACCUCCUUACUACUUAGACACGGGUCCUCCUCCAGCUUUUUGCCCUCCUCCUCCCCCAUCUCGGACCCAAAGCCAAGGCCAUGAGCCUGGAGGCCGUUCCAGCUUCAAGCCAUCCUCCUUGGACCUGCCUUACGAAGCCGCUCAGCGGCAAGCCACACACAUCGAGAGACAGAAGAAAGCUCGCUCAAUGAUCAUCCUACAGGACUCCUCCCACCUACCUGUAGAACCUACAGAAAUUCCCCGUCCCUCUGCUGCUACUCCACCAGAGCGAAUCAAAAGAAAGGGAAGGGUAAUUGACAACCCUUACGCAAAUGUGGGUCAGUUCAGCAUUGGACUAUUCACACCCACAAAGCCCCAAAGAAAGAAAAGUCCUUUGGUGAAACAGCUACAGGUAGAAGAUGCACAAGAAAAGGCUAGCCUAGCCUUAGCUGCUGCCCACUCACGAGAGAGCUCACCCUCAGGACGACACCCACAUGGGCACACGCACACCAGCCGUGUCGACUACUACCAGCAGCAGCUUAUGGCUGAACGAGAGCGAUUGCGAGCCCAAGGAGAGAUGAUGUUUCAGGGUAAAGGUCCAUUUGCUGCUGCUAUUGCUGGAGCAGUAAAAGAUCGUGAACGUCGCCUUGAAGAGCGGAGGAAAUCCACUGUCUUCCUUUCUGUUGGGACCAUGGAAGGGUCACCUACAACAAGCCCUGACUCCCCCUCUUUGACUCAGUCUCACUCCAUCGAUGAACGGCUGUUAACUCGAGAGCUUGGACAGCUUCCCCCCCCUGCCUUGGCUCUGAGCCCCUCACCUAGUGGGACCACCUUUAUCCAUCCACUCACAGGAAAGCCUCUGGACCCAAAUUCACCACUAGCUCUUGCGCUGGCCGCAAGGGAGAGAGCUCUGACCUCUCAGAGUCAGUCCCCAACUGGCAGCCCAGAGCCUCGGACUAAACAAGAGCGAGUAGGCCAGGUUGUAAUGUUCUCUGACACUCAGACCAAAGAGUCUCCACACGGGGAUGGAGUAACUGCAUCUCCUCCUUUUUCACCUAAAAGCGCCAAGGCAGCAGGGUAUGGUACAUCAUCCUCCCCAGCUAAUAUUUUGGCUCCUCAAGCCAUCAAACCACAGUGGACUACAUCAUCAUCCCCUAUUUCAUUCCGUCAAGAGAUGGAAGCUAGAAUUGAGGAGAGAAAGGAGGAAAAGAGACUAGAGGAUAAAAAAAGCAUGUUGAUCAGCAUUAUGGAUACAUCACAGCAGAAGACAGCUGGGCUGAUCAUGGUUCACGCGACCAGCAAUGGUCAGGCUGCUGGGAUGGGGUCAGGGAUUGAACAGAAACCUGUGCCUGCAACCAUAGAGCCCAGCAAAUCACAGAGUCCACGGGCUAAAUCCCCCAUUCCCACAGCUCUCCAGCCCCAAACUCAACUCCAGGUUCAGCCUCAAACUCAGCGUCCUGCCAGUCCUGCCCAAGAGAAGACCCUGGCUCAGGGAAGCUCAGAAGAGGAUGCGGAUGCCUACACGGUCACCUUACCACCGGCUAUGUUAUCUUCCAGCGAUGAGGAAACAAGAGAGGAGCUACGUAAGAUUGGGGUGGUUCCUCCACCAGAUGAGUUUGCAAAUGGGUUGCUGGCCCAGGCACAGGGGAUACCAGUGUCAUCUGCUAAAGCUGCUCUUUCUCCUGCUACACCAGCCACACCAACACCCCAAACUCCCUUAACCCCAACAACUCCAACUGUGACAACCACCCAGCCUCAGCCUCCUCAGCCCCCACAACCACCCAGUACAGCAGCUGUCUCAGGGAAAACUUCUGACCCUCUGGAGCCCCCACCAGUGGGCGAGGCUGGUUCUGCAGCUGACUCAGGUGUGGAGGAGGCUGACACGCGCAGCUCCAGUGACAGAGAGAGAGACCACCAUCUUGAGACCACCAGCACCGUCUCUACAGUUUCCAGCAUGUCUACAUUGUCCUCAGAAAGUGGCGAGCCUGCUGACACGCACACCACGCACACCUCCUAUGCUGACGGGCAGACUUUUGUUCUUGACAAGCCGCCAGUGCCUCCGAAGCCUCGACUCAAAUCCCAGAUAGGAGGCAGUAAAGGCCCCGUCACCUUCAGGGACCCUUUGCUGAAGCAGAGCUCUGAUAGUGAGCUGCUGUCCCAGCAACAGGCUGCUGCACUGGCUGCUGCAGCAGCUGGUGGAGCUGGGCUUCCUGCAGGUGGUUCCGCCUCAGUUACUGGUCUAGCUCCAACCAAGCCACGCUAUCUCUUCCAACGGAGGUCCAAGUUGUGGGGGGAUCUGGUAGAACCUCGAGGACCAGGGGUAGGGCUAGGGAUUGGGAGUUUGGGUAAUCUUGGUGGGCUAGGACUCGGGCUAGGUGCAGAUGAGAGCGCAAAACCAUCAGUUAUGGGAGAGCUCAGUUCACGUCUACAGCAGUUAAGUAAAGACACUAGGUCACUGGGUGAGGAGCCGCUGGGAGCCUCUCUUGACCCUGGGAGAAAGUCACCUGUGGCAGGUGCAAGACUUUUUAGCAGCCUAGGCGAGCUCCACACCCUUUCCCAGAGAAGCUAUGGAACCACAUACACCAUCCGCCCCGGCAGCCGCUACCCCGUCACCAGACGCGCGCCCAGCCCCGGCUCAGGCUCACCUGAUCGGGGUGACCCCCUUGGACGAUUCUCAGGCUUCGGCCUGCCAACCUCACCAACUACACCGCCGCAAACCAUCCUCAAGUCCUCUAGCCUCAGCUUACCCCAGGAGCCUAAAGAGGUGCGCUUUGUGAUGAGGAGCUCCAGCGCACGUUCUCGCUCUCGCUCUCCAUCACCUUCCCAUUCCCCUGGAUUAGGCUCACCACUUUUAGCCCUUCGACCCUUUCACCAAAAACCCCUCCACCUGUGGAACAAGUACGAUGUUGGAGACUGGCUUGAGAGCAUCAACUUGGGAGAGCACAGAGCAGGGUUUCAGGAACACGAGAUCGAAGGCUCUCACCUCCCGGCUCUAACCAAGGAUGACUUUGCAGAGCUGGGAGUGACACGGGUCGGACACCGUAUGAACAUUGAGCGAGCACUGAAACUGCUGCUGGAGAGCUGACCCUUGCCCUGAAAAAGAGCAACAGGAAAGAAAGACACAGAGUCUGAAUUAGAUGAAAAUAAGGGAUCCACUGAACACGCUCCUCUUUUACUCCAGCUGCUUUUAUGUUCAGUAUUAAAAUGUUCACCUGUGGUUCCUAGUGACACUUUCUGUUCUGCAUUAAUACCCCACACCUGGCAAUGCACUAAAGAGGCAGAGGCAAUACUCAUACAAUGUACAUUCAUCCAUUUUUUUUUCUUACCCCCUACUCACUUUAUGGCUCCACCUUCUUGCCUAGAGCUAAUCAGACUAGACAUCCCAAAAAGGAUAUCUGAUCUUUUUUUUUUUGUUUUGUUUUGUUUGCUAAGAAGAAUCACAGGAGCUCCAAUUAGAUCAUUUGGUUUCUGAAAAGUUACGUUGUUUCCUUAAUGACACCCACACUUUCUCACUGCACCCUCUCUACCUCUCUCCCCUCUCGUAUUAGGCCUCUGAAGGCCUUCGGCAGUUUGAGUAAGAGAGGAGGAGGAAGGAUUCUCGUUCCAAACAGAAAACUCAGUUGCCUUUCAAAAAUAUUUCUACUGAAAUCAACUCUGACGAACACAGUGCUAUGGAAAUAGCAGCUCUGAAAAGGUGUGUCUUCUGAGUACCUGCUAUCGUUUUUAAACUGAAGACUUUUAAGCCCAGAGGUGGAGCUCCGCAGGAGGAAAACCCCCCUCUGCCUUGGUACCAAGACUGUGCAAUCUAUAAUAUUUGGAGAAUGUUUAACCAACACUCGUGGCUUUUUUCAUAAUUAAUUUUCUGAUUUUCCAAAGGGAAUAUUAUAUAUAUUACUAUUAUAUGGCAUAAUAUAAUAUAUAUGUAUCUAAGUAUAGCUUUCAGAUGAAAAGACAAUAUUGCAAAGAAAAGAUGUAUUAAAUGAAUUCGCAGCUGUUUUUGGUUUUAGUAUAGAAGACAGAAAGAGGUCUUUAAAUCUAAUCCACCAAUAGUUUACUCAUUUCUACCAGUUAUAUAUAUACAUAUAAAUAUAUAUAUAUUUGAAAGAAAACAAGAUAUAAAUACAGAAAAAUUAAUUUUUUUAUCAUACAUACAGAAAUUUCUGUGUGAUCACCUUUGUUGAGGCAUAGCAUGACGAGUUGCAUUAUGUUGUUGUACGUUUUUAUUUUGUUUAUGGUCUUCCGUCACUCUAAAGGGCAUCCCGUAAUGUGAGGCUAAGACCCCAGCUGAAACCCAUCCCCACUGCUUCAGUCUCAGAUUUUUGUCAGAGGGGACUAAUGAGCCAAAUAAAAGGAAAAAAAAACUCAACUUCAAACUAAUUUUCUCCAAUUGAAAUAAUUGAUUUACAAAGCAAAACACAAUAUUCAACAAAGGCAUGGGCUAGAAUAAAAUUCUAUUGGUAAGAUAACCAUACAAAAAAUUGAUUCAGUUUGAUUCUCAGAAGUUGAAAUCUCCAAGUUUUAACUUUGAAAAGUUAACAGAAAAGUCCCUUGCAGGUGGAAAAGUCAGAGGUUUUUCAGUCCUCAAAACCCAACACAGCUGCCACAGUUCUUUUAAGAUUAUGAAGAUUUAUAUCCAGUGAAAUCUUUUCACACACACACGACCUCCUAACAACAUAAAUCUUUAUCAAACAGGUGUAUAGUUUCUUCAGCAGUGGGGAUGGGAAAGACAGUAAAAGGUCUUAAAAGAAAAUUCAGUAUUUGACAACCUGAAUGUGCAGCUGCUUUCUUUUUAGGUAUACCACUCUUACCGAGUGAAAUAUUAUCAGCCAGAACUAUUAAAAAUAAACCCAGGUUGUAAAACAGAGAGAAAAAAAGCUGAAUUUUCUUUUAACAAUACAAAUCUGCAAUUGUACUCAUGAGCAGCUUCAGCUGGCAGUGAAAACCAGUGAGUUUUAUUCAUGCUACAAAGGGAAAAAAAAUCAAGCAUUUUGGCAUUCUAACUGUCUUCUUUUCUGACAGAAUGCCAGGAAAUGUCUGUUACCACUAAAAACCUCUGCUCAUCAGAAGCAUUCAUUCAGCCAAGGCACUUUCCCUUGGCAAAAACGUGUGUGCAUCUUUCUUCCCCCCACCCUCCUGUCCUUUCUGAAAAGCAGGCGGUGAACAAAAUCAUUAUAUAGGAGCUGUAGGAAUAGCACUCACUGCCUCACUGUGACCUCACUCUUUAUUUUCCUUUUAUCUGCAGUGUUAAGUUCUCCUUUCUUUCUUCUUCUGUUGCUGAUUUGUUACCUUCGGCCACUGUGGGUAGAUUUUGUAGCGUGUGGAACAUCAUAUUUUACUCAUUUGAAUUUUAGAGUGGUGGGGAAGAAAAACUAAAUCUCCUGCCCGUUCUGAACAUACUUACACUUGUAAAAAAAAAAAAAAAAGAACAAACUACAAAUAUUUGCUUUUUUAAAAUCACAAGCAAUGUAUAUAUAAUAGAUUUCCUAUAAAUUUUUUGAAAAGUAUAUAGAUCUAUAUAUGAAUGUUUGGCAUAUAUGCAUAGUUAACCACCUGUGGAAAGGGUGAGCAGAUUUUAUUCUUUCUAUGAACUCUUGAACUUUUGAACUCUGAACUAUGAACUAGGGGAUGAUUUGCACAAAACAAGGUGACAAGGUGCUAACAUAAAAGCCACCCAUCGUCCAAGCGCAUGAGUGCAUCUGGAUUCCCUGAAUCUCUCUGUGUGCUUGUUCCUCUUCACCGUGCGCGUGUGAAUGAGUGCGCAUGUGUGCAAAUGCUUGUUUUUUGUUUUUUUCACGUCUGUGUAAUUUGUUUGGGAGUGAGAUGCAGAGAAUGCAUGCGACCGUGAGAGUGCGGUUAAUUGUUGGGGUUUACAUCUUUGGCGUUAGUCCACUAUAGCCUUACUGUACCAUCAGAGAUUGCCGGCUGUGGCUGUGCUACAUAACAACACAGACACAAACACACCCCUACACACCCACACACACACAGAAAAAUGCACAUGCAUUCAUCUUCAACACUGAAGCUCAUCGUUGUGUAUUGUGUUUUUGUUCAGAGUUAUGUCUUCAAAAAGUGGACUGUUCUGCCCAAGAGGGAGAGACAGACAGACAGAGAGAGAGAGAGAUAAGCAAAACACUGUCAAAUUUUCUACUCCUGAGUCAAGACUAGAAGAUCUCACCUUGGAACUGCGUAGGUGCUUCUUAUGCAGUGUCACUAAUUCUGUACAGCCUUUCCCAAAUGGCAUUUCCACUCCGCUGCACUCUGUCUGGCAGCUCUCCUUUUUCCUUUUUCAGACUUUCAGAUUCUGAGUUUUGAAUAUGCUAUAUGCGAUGAACCAGUGAGGAACAAACAACACAAAAAAAAAUGUGCCAAAAAGUAACUUAACUGUAUAUUUGUCUUUUGCUUUAGGACUAUUUUAGUUACAGCACUCUUAAGCUGUUAUGUAUUAUGACAAUAUGGUGCCAUCUCCUGGUAAUCUUGAGAACUGACAUUUUUUUUGAUCCUUUGGUAUUUUCCUGCAGGUGGAAGUACAUGUGCAUCUCAAAUAAGAUCAUUGAAAGGUUUAUUCAUUUCUGUUAUUCCUUUGAAAAAGUGAUACUCGUGUUCUAUUUAGCCUUAUUACACACAAGUUGACAUAAUUCAAAUGUUUAGUUCGGUUACAUUUUACGAUUGCGGCUCAUAGAUAAAAGAAAAUUCCCAAUUUAGUUUUUUUGAAAGUAAAGAUGUUAUAUAAAAUCAAAACAAGGAAGGUAUUUUUAGGCAGAAAUGUCAGAUUGGUGCACAAAAUAUGCAUUCAAAAUCUGGUUGGGGCUUACUUUGGAUUUUGCAUGAAGCACUGCAUCAGUGCUGUGUGGCAUGGAGGUAAUCCGACUGUAGUUUGUGUUAAUAGAGGGCUUCAGCCUGUUGUUGGAUCUCAUCUUCCUCAUGAUGAAACUUCAUAGAUCAUGUUAUUUAGGUCGAGUACAGUGAUAUCAUGGUCAUUAAACCAAGUGCUGGUACUUAUGGAUUAGGAUUUGGAUAGAAGCCAUGUCCUGUUGGAGAAUUAAAUCAACAUCUCCAUAAAGCUUGUCAGCAGACAGAAGUAUGUAAUGUUACUAAUAUCAUGGUAGAAGGAUGCGCUAGCGUCAGACUUGAUAAAACCUUAACAAUCAACAUCUAUAUUACAUGUGUCUCUAAAUCAGCCUUCACCUCAAGCUGUUGCAUCUAUUUUAAUAGCUCUCAAGUGACAUUUUGUUUAUUAGGUGUAAGGAAUUAUCAGCAAAAUUGCAAGAGACAAAAACUUGAAUUAUGUCCCUCUGUGUGUAAUGAAUCGACAUAAAUGGGUUUUAGUUUUUCAUCUAACUUUUUAAAACAAACUUUUCAAUAAAAUAAUUUACUGAGAUGCACUUUUAUUUCUUACUUCAUAAAGACACAGGCUAUAAAGAUGUCUCCAUAUAGAUUUACGUAUGUAUAAACAUAUAUACAGCCUGUGUAUUUCUACUUGCUUUGACAUUUGUCUUUAAAUUAUGCGACAUAGCAACACAGUUACAUGAUUGGAAUGACAACAGUUAUUGUUCCCAGAAAAUAGUCUGAUCUCAGACACAGGCUGGCUUGAUUAGAGCAAUGGUUGAGUUGGGUUGUCGUGGAAGUUUACUACAAAUAAAGAGAUUUAGAUAAGCAGCAAGUAACAGACUGACACAUCACUAGGUCAAAUAAGUUCUGCUAACAGAGGUAGGCUCUAUAUUUCCUAAUCAACAAAGCACAAUCUACACAGUUGAGGAGAAGCAAUGUGUCUUUUCUUUAAAAAAAAACAAAAAAAAAACUCCCUGGUACCCGUCGACACACUGGAACCAGUGAUCUUAUCAUCAGAGGUUUUAUUUCUUUCAUUGUUGGUUUUCUCCUUGUUUGCACUGUGAAGUUUAGAACGGUGGAUGUAUCACUGCAACGCCUCAGCCUUGUCUCACUUGAGAACAUCCCCUUCUCGGCUUCUAAUCACCAGGCAACUCAUCUACAACUUCUCUUCCUCUGGACAUGACUAUCUGAUACAUAAGAGCCUAUGCUAACAGCCCAAGCUAACCAGAGGCUACCAAGUCUUCUCCAUGUGAAAAAAUCAAGGGCGAUGGUAAAGACUGAGGCAAGAUCUGAGACGUUGCCCUGGAUAUCUCCACCUCAGAGAUAUAUGUUUGUUAUAUUAUGUAAUAAAUUUAUAAUUAAAACAUGA